CGCCCGUCACGCUUGCGCUGUCCCCGAGGGAGGUUAGGAUAAUAAAGUGUAACGGCAAUCUGGCGAAACUCAAGCAGCAGAACGUGUACGGUGGUCUCCAUCCGGAGUACUUAUCUCAAAUUGUUGUACUAGAAGACGAUCUUCCUGAUAGAAAUUGUGAUAGCUGUGUUCAAUGUUGCAUCGAUUACGAAGGAUGGUUGCAGUUUCAAAAUUGUUUAUAUAAGAUUGUUAAAGAUCCGUUGUUUGAGCUAGGUAUCACACUAUGUAUUGUUUUAAAUACAAUGUUUUUAGCACUAGAACACCACGGGAUGAACGCAAACGUGCGCGAUGCGUUGGAUAUUGGCAAUAAGGUUUUUACAUCCAUUUUUACUCUAGAAUGUAUACUGAAGGUGAUGGCACUGUCGAAGGAUUUUUUCCUGUGCGGUUGGAACAUAUUCGAUCUGAUCAUCGUCUCGGUUAGCUUGCUCGAUCUGAUCUUCGAGCUGAUAGAGGGACUGACGGUGUUACGAGGUUUAAGAUUGUUACGGGUACUGAAACUAGCACAAUCAUGGACCACGAUGAAGGUCCUGCUAAGUAUUAUCAUAUCGACAAUAGGUGCUUUAGGUAAUCUUACCUUCGUGUUGGUGAUUGUUAUCUAUAUUUUUGCUGUUAUCGGCAUGCAGUUGUUCUCGAAGGACUACACUCCGGACAAGUUUGCACCGGAUCCGGUGCCAAGAUGGAACUUCAACGAUUUUUUUCACUCAUUUAUGAUGAUUUUUCGCAUUCUUUGCGGCGAGUGGAUUGAACCACUGUGGGACUGUAUGCGUGCAGAGGAGAAGGAAGGAGCAUCGUCAUGCUUUGCCAUCUUCCUGCCGGCGCUUGUCAUGGGCAACUUUAUGGUGCUGAACUUGUUCUUGGCCUUGUUGCUCAACAGCUUCAAUUCGGAGGAGUUAAAGUCGAAAAAGGAGAGUUUCGAGCAGGAAGUGGGCGAGGACUCCAAACUGGCCCGCAGCUUCGAGCGUAUACGUUCGAUUGUGCGCAAGAAGCGCAACGCCAACAAGGAGAAGAACGACAACUACGCCAACACCAAGCUCGAGCAGCUAGUGAACGAGAUCGUGAUCAAGCAGCGGGAGGAAAAGAAGAAGCACAAGCAGACGGUACUGGAGCUGCAGCCGCUGCCAGCCUCCCAGCUAUCGCUUCCAGCAGCAGACCUGCAGUCGGCGGAACCGCAGCAACAGCAGCAGAAGUACAUGAGCCUGCCAAAAGAGCUGGUGCCGCCAGUGGACUACCGCAUCCCGGGCGGACCAAUCUAUAGCCAAAGCUAUCAGGUAGAGGAUCAGCCUCAAGUUGUUGAAUCACUGAAUCGGCCUGUCUCGGGAUCGGACUUUUGCUAUGACAUUCCACUGAAAGAUCGACCCCUGCGCACGAUCUCCGGCAGUCAGGAAACGGUGUCGCAGAUGGACGAUCAGGCGUUGCCCCGUGACGACCACCACCAGCAGUCGGCACACCCUGGUGGUCCACCGCAGAUAACCGAGGUAGAGCGCAAGAUUCUGCACCAGAUGUCUUCCGGGUUUGGGACGCAGCAGAGCAAAGACGAACCGAUCGGACCACUCGGGGUGGGGGAUUCGAGGGACGCCGGGUUUGAUCCGAACGACCGCUCGAUACACAUUGCUGACACGGCCCAACCGUACGACGAGGCGUACCUGCAGUACCAGAAGUCGCUGCUAAACCGAUCGCCCAGCUACCGCAAAUCGCUGGACAAGAUCUCGUCUAAGACGUCCAGUGCCAGCUCGUCCCUAGCGCACUCGCUGGCUGCCAAAUGCCACUCGCCGCUCAUGCAGGAGGUGCUAAAUGCCGGCUCAACCUAUCUUAGGAACAGUAACAUUUCGCUCAUUCAAACGCCAACCCCGGUAGUAGUGUCUAGGCGGGAAGAUAAUCAUUUUUUAGUCGCGGAUAGGAUGAGCCAGCCGGCUUCGAUCGGGCUACCGUCGGCAACGCAGUCGCCGCUGAUGGGUGGUGCCGGUGGGGCCGUAUCCGCCCAUCAGAGGUCACCGAGUACGAGCAGCAGUCUGCGGAAGGCAAUUGCCGCAGCUAAUCGGCUGUCGGACCACUCGCUCAACACGCUCUCGAUCGAUCACGACGAGCUGAUCAACCAGAUGAACCUGAAGGACGAGCUGCUGAACUGCGAGCAGAAGGAGCUGUUCCAGUUCCUGAACGACGAGAUCGACGGUAGCAACAACUAUUUCAGCGAAACGGUCGGGUUUAGCAGUGCGAUCGUGGAUGCGGACACGGAGAGCUUGCUGCUGAACUCGCGCAAGGAUGACGUGAUCUACUCGCCCGAUCGGAAGAUCUCGAACGGGAGUUUGAAGUCGAAUCUGAGCAGUAUCUCGAACUCGAUCUUCCAAGCGUUGGAGUGCCGACGGGGUGGUAGCAUUAGCAGCGCGACCGUGGACAGUAGCAAGCCGCAUUUCGCUGUGCACGGCCCGGUCACGGCACGUCCCACGAUCGCGAUCGACAAUGG